AAGUUAAUUUUUUAAUUUUUCUGGAUUUUUGAGAAUACAGAUAAAUUAGGUGUCCAAUAACUUUAAAUUUCUGUGAAAUGCAAUCCAGUUUUAUAAAUUGAUGCUCACAGCUUUUCCAUCAGAUUUCCCCUUGGUGGAUGAAUAUGGUGACCAAAGAACUGGUAUAAUUUGGCUUUCAAGGUGCUGGUUCAAGUUUCACAGUGUCAUCAGAAAUCCAGGGCUCCUAAAGCAUGUCCUUGAUAUCAUCACUUACAGGGGAGAGCAUGGUGGUUUCAUCAGUUGGAAUGCUUUUAGUUCUAAGUAACAGAAAAUUUAUAGUUGCCUAAACCAAAACUAUUUAUUCGUUCAUAUAAAUGAAAAGAUGCAGAUACUGUAAGGCUACGAUCUGGGUAAGGUGGUGGGAUUUUAUAUUGCUUUCCUUUAAUUCUUUCACCUCUCAUUUUUCUUGUGAAUUCUUGCCUUCACGUUGUUCACAAUAUAGCAGCAUCACCUGCUUUCUUGUUCACAGCUGAAGGAAGAGAUAUUCUGUAUCAUUUUAGUCCUGUGUGGUUCUGGCUCCCCAAAAUGCAUGGAAUCUCUGACACUCUGAUUCUCACUAACAACUGAAACCAACCGAGACAACAAAGGACACCGCUGGUCCCCUAGCCCACUCCUAGUGAGAAGCAACAGCAGGCUACCCCGAGAAAAGGGAAGAACAUAGAGAAUUUUUCUGUGGCCCCAGUGCAUAGGGACAGCCAAAAGCUGAGGACAGGGCAGCAAGGAACAUUGAGAAAACUUUAGCACUCUCGUUCCCACCCAAAGCACAACAUAACACUAGAGAAAUUUGAAGCCAGUGAUACAACUAAGAUAAAUCCUACAACAACAAAACCCAAUUCCAGUUUAAUUCCUGACCAGAUUAAUUCAGCACUCCACCCUGACAUCCUAGCAGAAUAUGUGUGCCUAGUUUUAGGCCAAAAAUAAUGUUUUCUUCAGUCUCUGCUGUUCUGCAUAUGUUAUCUGGCAUUUUAUUUAAAAAAUACAAGAUUAAAAGCUGAGAACAAUCUUCUGCCAGUAGAUAGCAGACCAAUCAAUAAAACCACACUUAUAGAUAACCAUAGUUUGGAACUGUUAGGGAAUUUUACAUAACUGAUUGGUGUGCUAAAGACUCCAGUGAAAAGGGCAGAUAAUAUUCAUGAGCAGAUGGCGAUUGCAGUAAAAUUUAAUAGUCAAAUGAGAAAUGCUAGGGAAAGAAAAUUUAUGCUACUACUUUUACUUUUAUCAGAAAGCUCUUGAAGACUUGUGAGUAGGCUCAACAUAGUUGAGAAAAGUGUCAGAGAACUUCAGUAUAAGUCAAUAGAAAUCACCCAAACUAAAACACAGAAAGUGUGAAGAAAACAAUACAAAUCAGACAACAUUGUAGGCUGUAAAAUUUGCAUACUUGGAAACCCAGGGGCAGGUGGACAGAAUGGGAAGAGAAGAUAUUUAAAGAGAUAAUGGCUAAGAAUUUUCCAAAAAUAAUAAGACCUCACUGACAUUCAAGAACCUCAGAAUGCCAAAGCAGUAUUUUUAAGAAAAGAACAAAAUUAGAUGCAUUAUUGCCAAAUAGCUAAAAAUGGACAAUGCAAAGAAAAUAUUAAUGGCAGACAGAGGAAAGGGACACAUUACAUUUAAGCAGCAUAGUGUGAAAAACAUCAGAUUUAUCAUAAUCACAAACCAUGCAAGCAGAAGACAAUGGAGUUACAUCUUUUAACAUUUAGAAACAAAAAACAAAGAUCAAUAAAAAAUUCUAAGCCCAAUGGAAAAAAAAUCUUUCAGAAGGCAUGCAAAAUAAAGAUAUUUUCAGAUGAACAGAAGCUGAUAGAAUUCACUGUUAGCAGACCUACACUGUAAGAGGUAUUUAGCAUACCAGAAAUAGACUUGGAUCUACCAAAAGGCAUAACUAUGAAAAUGGUUAUUUCAAUCAAGUAUAAAAUAUUUUUUAUUUUUAUUACUCCAAAAUAUAAUUCAGUAAAGCAAAAUUAGGAAGUUUUAUGAAUUUAGAGGACAUAUAAAAAUAAGAUGUUUUGUAAGAACACUGCAAAACAGGGAAGACAGAAAUUAGAAAUAUGCUAGCAGAAAUUAGAGGUAUAUGGUUGUACUUUGUACAUGAAUUAGCAUAAUAUGACUUGAAGAUAGACUGAGAAAAAAUAUAGAUUUAUGUUUUAAGCCCCAGAGUAACCAUUUAAGAAUUUUUUAAAGUGGUACAACUCAUAAGCCAGUAGUAGAGAUUAAAUUCUGUUUCCAAAAAUAGCAACAUAGAAGCAAGCUGGCUUCAAUCCUUCAACAGAAAACUACAGGCAAAUAUACAGCACCAAGAUUAUCACCAGCAAUAUCCCAGAACUCAAAUAUGAGGAGGAGACAGUUCCUGAAAACAAAAAUAAGUGAAAAAACUGGGCAGAUGGUAAGAGAAUUGGACUUUUCUAUGGACAGUGCUCCUCUCUCUAAUCUGCCUGGCACCAAGACUGUGGAAAAUUUUCCCCUGGGUCACAGUUUUUACACUGGAAAAAGUGAAUCAAGAUGGACAACCAGCCUCGCUAUCUUGGGUUCCCCUGACAGGAGACUUGUCUUUGAGUCAACCCACAGGAAGCAUCAGUAGUAAUCAAAGAGAAAAAUGUCCCUGAGGACAGCCAGAGAUGAAGCAGGGAGGUGGGAAUACUGUCCCAAGUCAUGGAAACUACUCUGCAACUCAGCCAAAGGAGACACCAUUCAGAGUGGGUUCAAGAUAUUUCUCUGGCUUAAUAUUUGUAUUGCCUUUUUGUGGGUUCUUAGUAUAUUAGAACGAAUAGCACAUUAAACAAAACACUUGUCAAGAGCCCUUAGGUACCUUGCGGAAUAAUGGAGUGAAAGGAGUCAAACACUUUACUCACUUCUCUCCUCCCCACCAAUCCCUAAAUAUACACAGCUUGGACACUAAGGAGUAAAACUUCAUUCCUCCUUCCCUCCUCUCUCACAGAUACGGAAGGGGGACACAGAAGUGCUGAGGAGAAGGGUGUGGUCCCUCACUAGGGCUCCGCCCCCAGGCCUGUGGCCUGGGACCUAGUCAGGACAGGUAUUCCUGCCUUUGCGCCCAAAUGUUGCGUUUCCCAGGACCACCCUGGCCCACCACGCCCCCAUCCAGUGCCUAUAAAACCCCUGAAACCCUAGCAGGCAGAGACACAAGCCGCUGGACGUUGAGAGAAAUGCACUGGCGGACACACAAACGGCUGGAUGUUGAGAGGCCGUGAAGGGGAGCAGGUCAGCAGAAGGACACGCUGAAGAGACCGGCAGGCCAGCAGGCCAUCAACAGGUGGAACAAUGCAGAGUUUGGCCUGGGUAGUCGGAGGAGAGCGCAGGCCACUGAGUGGCUGACUCCAGGGGAAAACCAUCUCCUUUCUGGCUCCCCUAUCUGCUGAGAGCUACUUCCAUUCAAUAAAACCUUGCAUUCAUUCUCCAAGCCCAUGUGAGAUCCGAUUCUUCCGGUACACCCACGCAAGAAACCCUGGGAUACAGAAAAGCCGUCUGUGCUUGCGGUAAGGCAGGGGGUCUAACUGAGCUAACACAAGCUGCUUACAGAUGGCUAAACUAGAAGAGCACCUUGUAACACAUGCCUACGGGGCCUUCAGGAGCUGUAAACAUUAACCCCUAGCCACUGCUGUCAGGUUGGAGUCCUACAACCUGCCCGUGUUCAUGUUCCUCCUAGAGGUUGGAGCAGCUGGGCACCAAAGAAGCAAGCCACAGCCCCAUCACAUGCCCUGCGAGGGGAACAAGGGAACUCUUCCUGUUUCAUCACAAUUUACUUUCUGCACUAACAUGAUUGUUCAGCUGUCUUCGUUAGCAGGCCUUUAUUCCAGGAGAUUCCUGCCCAAGCAAACUGUUUAAUUGUUCAUUACGGGAACUUCCACAGCGACCCAUCAAAUUUUCAAUCUCUUCCAAAGAAAGUAUCAACAGAUUGCACCUUAAAAUUCUUUGCUUCAAAAAUCCUUGCUAUAUCCACGAAUCCUGGACUGUAGUAUCAUGAUCAUUACACAAUCCUAAUAGAAUUCCUUGCAUUAAAAGACCCGCCUUAAACAUCCAAUUCUCAAUCAGUUCCAACUUUGCCUUGACACUUUGCUCUGUGAAGGUGCCAACGCUCUGUCGAGGUGCCAACGAGUUGCCAAUGCUCUGUUCUCCGUUACUGCAAUCAAUAAAUUCUGUGUUUUGUCUUAUCAACAGGUUGAGUUGAUGACAUUUGACACAAGUUUGAAAUACUGUGUUCCUUAACGUUCGGCGUCCAUCGGAGUUCAGCCUAAGUCACUUUUAUGCUUCCCAUUUUUAGCCUACCCUUUGCUUCUGCUAAAAAUUUUGGUUUCUAACUUAUUUUCAUAAUAUAAGCUGCACUUUUCUUUUUUAUAUGACCUCACUUCUAAAAUUUUAUAAUUAUUUUUUCAUGAGCUUUUAAAAAUGAAUAAAACAAAAAGGAAUCUGACAGUAGUAGCGCCGGAGAAGAGGCUCAAUUAAACCAAACUCAGCUGGUGGGAAGUGUUGCCCUUUGGAGCAUUAUGGGAACUGUAGUCCACGAGUGAGAGAACUCUGAGACGCUUCCGCUUAGGAAUUCUGGGAAGUGGAGUCCACGAACUAUGUGCAGUCAGAGGCACUUCCGCUCCAGGAAGGGGAGGUCGGUUCUGAGGUUGCUCUCGGGGAGGCUUGCUCCCCCAGAACUCUGCCUUUUCCCAAAAGGAAGAGAGGGAAAAUGACCAAGUUCCAGGAGGCAGUGACAUUCAAGGAUGUGGCUGUGGCCUUCACUGAGGAGGAGCUGGGGCUGCUGGACUCUUCCCAGAGGAAGCUGUACCGAGACGUGAUGCUGGAGAACUUCAGGAACCUGGUUUCAGUGGGACGUCAGUCCUUCAAACCAGAUAUGAUAUCCCAGUUGGAGAGGGAAGAAAAGCUUUGGAUGAAGGAGUUUCAAAACCAAAGAGGUAGGCAUUCAGGAGACAGGAAUCAAAAUGAGAUGGCGACUCUUCACAAAGCAGAAUUAAGGUGCUUUCCACUGGGAGAGCUUUCAUGCUGGCAAAUCAAGAGACAUGUUGCAAGCAAAUUAGCCAGAAGUCAAGAUUCCAUGAUAAAUAUUGAAGUGCAGAGCUCUCAGUUCCCCAGGCACCAUGAUUCCCCCUGUCAAGUGGGAGCAGGAGAAUCUGUUCAAGCUUCUGAGGAUGACAGCUGUCUAGUGAAUCUCAUGGGAGAUCAUUCCAAUAUCAUUGAAAAUCAAGAAUUUCCAACUGAGAAAGUUCAGAAUUCAUGGAGUAAAAUAUACCUGAAUCAGACACAGAAUUAUCAGAGAAGUUGUAAGCAGACCCAGAUGAAAAACAAAUUAUGUAUAUUUGCUCCAUGUGUUAACAUUUUUGGUUGUAUUUCACACCAUCAUGAUAAUAUAUUGCACAAAAGAGAUAAAGCUCAUAGCAAUAGUGAUUGUGGUAAAGACACCCUAAAGGUGUCACCUCUUACCCAGUAUAGUAUUCACACAGGGCAGAAAACCUACCAGGGUAAUGAAUGUGAAGAAGCCUUCGAUGAUGGCUCCAGUCUUGAACUUCAUAAGCAGGUGCACUUGGGAAAGAAGUCUCCAGCAUGUAGUACACAUGAGAAGGACACCAGUUAUAGCUCAGGUAUUCCUGUUCAACAAAGUGUUCAUACUGGAAAAAAACGCUACUGGUGUCACGAAUGUGGUAAAGGUUUCAGUCAGAGCUCAAAUCUGCAAACUCAUCAGAGAGUCCACACAGGGGAGAAACCCUAUACAUGCCACGAAUGUGGUAAGAGCUUUAAUCAGAGCUCACAUCUUUAUGCUCAUUUGCCUAUUCACACAGGAGAGAAGCCUUAUAGAUGUGACAGUUGUGGGAAGGGCUUCAGUCGUAGCACAGAUCUUAACAUUCAUUGCAGAGUUCACACUGGAGAGAAACCUUACAAAUGUGAGGUGUGUGGGAAGGGCUUUACUCAGAGAUCACAUCUUCAAGCCCAUGAAAGAAUUCACACUGGAGAGAAACCAUAUAAAUGUGGAGAUUGUGGUAAACGCUUUAGUUGUAGCUCAAAUCUUCAUACCCAUCAGAGAGUCCACACUGAAGAAAAACCAUACAAAUGUGAUGAGUGUGGUAAGUGCUUUAGUUUGAGCUUUAAUCUUCAUAGUCAUCAACGAGUCCACACAGGAGAAAAACCAUAUAAAUGUGAAGAGUGUGGUAAGGGUUUUAGUUCAGCCUCAAGUUUCCAGAGCCAUCAGAGGGUCCAUACAGGAGAGAAACCAUUUCGAUGCAACGUGUGUGGUAAAGGCUUCAGUCAGAGUUCAUAUUUUCAAGCACAUCAGAGAGUCCACACUGGAGAAAAACCAUACAAAUGUGAAGUGUGUGGAAAGCGCUUCAAUUGGAGCUUGAAUCUUCACAAUCAUCAGAGAGUCCACACAGGAGAGAAACCCUACAAAUGCGAAGAGUGUGGUAAGGGUUUCAGUCAGGCCUCAAAUCUUCAAGCCCAUCAGAGCGUCCAUACUGGGGAAAAACCUUUCAAGUGUGAUGCAUGUCAGAAGCGAUUCAGUCAGGCCUCACACCUUCAAGCCCAUCAGAGAGUCCACACCGGAGAGAAACCAUAUAAGUGUGACACAUGUGGUAAGGCCUUCAGCCAGAGGUCAAAUCUUCAAGUCCAUCAAAUAAUUCACACUGGAGAGAAACCAUUUAAAUGUGAGGAAUGUGGGAAAGAGUUCAGUUGGAGUGCUGGGCUCAGUGCUCAUCAGAGGGUCCACACAGGAGAGAAACCCUACACAUGUCAGCAGUGUGGGAAGGGUUUCAGUCAGGCCUCACAUUUUCACACACACCAGAGAGUCCACACUGGAGAGAGGCCUUACAUAUGUGAUGUCUGUUGUAAGGGCUUCAGUCAGAGGUCACAUCUUGUCUACCAUCAGAGAGUCCACACUGGAGGGAAUCUGUAGAAAUUUGAGGUGUGGUUCACCCUCCAGUUAGAGUUCACGGCUUUAUCUCCAUUGGGAAGUGCAUGCUGAUGACUGUGGAAAGCUCCUUUAAAACUAGAAGGUUCAAAGAAUCUUGACAGGAAAGAAGUCUCUCAGAUGCUGUGUUUCAGACUUGGUUAGGACAUGACUUCUUUACAAAUGUCAUAUUUCACAGACAGAAAACUCUGUUCUAUAAAUAUGAUCUGUGUUUAUAUCUGCAUUGCCAAGUGUCUCAGUUCUCAAGAUGUAACACAGCAGAAAAGUAUUGUCAGAGUCUGCCCAGGAGAGAGGCCUUACUUUAAAAAAAGUAUGAUUGAGGCCAGGCGCAAUGGCUCAUGCCUACAAUCCCAGCACUUUGGGAGACCGAGGCAGGCGGAUCACGAGGUCGA